CUUGUUGAACGUUAUCCAUUGCCUCCUUGUGUUCCGGGUCAAGCACCACUACAGAUGUCUCAAGGUGAAACCAGUACUACUACUGCUGAUAAUCCAACUGAAGUUGUUUGUGGAAUUUGUAUUCCUGGUACUGAUAAUCCACUGACUAAAACACAAUCAGAAUUCUAUAGUUUUAUAACUAGACUAAUUCAUCUACUCCGGUCAAUGGCUUCUUUGUUAGGCCAGUGUAAACA